GAACCACCUUCUUGAUGGUAGCAAUAAGGGCAUGUCCUGGAUGAUGAGGAUCCUCUGUGCUGGAUGCCACCUUUCGAGGCAUCAUCUUUCAACGGUGUCCUCGAGGCUACGGAGGCUAGUGCAGCUUCUUCCGACUCUGUGUGGUUGUCGCCCCAGACCAGACAGGGAUGCCACAGGUUAGAUUAAUCUCUAAGUCCUGAUGAAGUUUCUCGGUCUGAAACAUGGGCUGUACUCUUUUCCAUGGAUCCUGGCUGGGUUCCUUCAGCAUUCUGCACGUGUUGCAUGGAAGGAGCAUCACUCACACCAAGCACUGCCCGGAGGACGACAGCAGUGGGACCAGACUGUUGCUCACCCCUUUGCAGACUGUGGAUUUGCGAACAGGGUGAGGAGAAAGGUGUAAGGGUCUUUGUCAUGGUACAUUGCAAGCAGUUGCCUGAGAGUGGACUCUCUGAUCUACAGACUGUUCCCAGAGACUCACAAGGAGAUGAACAUAAGUGCUGUUGGCAGGUCGUCAGCUCAGUGAAAGACAUUCUUUGGUCUGCCAGCACGUCGAGGUGCCGACUGCACAUUCCAAGCGGCUGGAGUACAUGCUGAGGGAUGAUGUGAAGCUUGGUGCAGCCCCUGCAUCAGACAGGACCACAGUACAGGAUCCUUCUGAAGCCCCUCCCUCUCCCACUGAAGAGGGAGGGGCUGAGUUGUGUGAGGAAGCCCCCCCCCCCCCCCCAAUUAUUGUAGUAAUAUCCCAGGGGGCCACAUCAGUGACAAUCGUGCUCUUGAUGUGUAGGAGUGUAAUAGAACAGUACCUAAAGCAUUGACUAUGAAUAUAAAAAUGAAAUGACAUUGUAUGGUUCAUUCUUGUACUUAAUUUUUAUUCUGAAGAAAUUUAUUUUGAUAUAAAAGUAUAGAUAUCAGAGACUAAGGAAAAUCACAGGAUAUAGAGUGAAGACUCAAAAGAUUCUGCAGAUGCUGGAAAUACACAAAAUGCUGGAGGUACUCAGCAGAUCAGGCAGAAUGCAAAGAGAGAAAUAAAAAGUCAAUAUUUCAUGUCAAGACUGAUGAAGGAUCUUGGUCCAAAAUGUCAUAUGUUUAUUUCCAUCCGUAGAUAUUGCCUGGACUGAUGCAUUUUGUGUAUGUGGAAGACUGACUUCUGAUUUUUAGCGUCACUUAUUUUCAUUGAGAGGGAUUGUUUAGUAAGCUAUUUUAUCUUACCGAACCUGGGCAGAAAUGAAUCUGGCCCUUCUAAUGGAUAUAACGCUAUUCACAGAGUCCACGUGAGUCAGUGGGUUGUUCAAACAAAGAAUAAGGACUAAGAUUGUAUUGAGUCCUAGUUUCCCAACCACAGAAUCCCUCAAACAGACCUGCUAUUACUGGGUGGUAUGGGGACUCUGUGUCAAGUAAUUGAGGAGUUAAAUCAGCACAAGCUGCACCCAUACCCUUACAUGAAGAGAUACCCAUUUCAUUCCAAGUACACCCAGAAUUAAAAACACAAUAUAAACUACUAGAGGAACUCAGCAGAUAGGGCAACAUCUGUGAAGAGGAAUGGUCAGUCAAUGUUUCCACUCUCAUCUCCGACGCUGCCUGACCCACUGAGUUCUUCCUUCAGCUUGUUUAUGCUCCGCAUUCCAGCAUCAGCAGCUCUUGCGGUUCAAGACCCAGAAUUAAAUUCAACCCUUGACCUCUAUCCAGUGAUGCGUGAGGAAUUGUGAGCAACUAUAAACCCCAACAACAUCGAAUGGAGUUUUUUCUCAGUCUACCCAGACUAAUUUAGAUGAAAUCCAAGACAUAGCCUAAACUUAACUUAAAAGCUUAAUGCAAGUUACUGAAGAGGGGAAGUAAGAGAAGAAUGUGUAUAAGGUUAUGCAUUUAAAAGUUUCACCGAGUAACAUACACAAAAUUUUCAAUGGAGAUUAGGUACAUGUGUUAGACAGAUUGCACUGCCAUGAACUAUUUCAUGCACCUGCUGCCUGCACCUCUGAACCAAACUCACCUCAAAUUCCAAAAGGAAAUGAUUGGUUCAUUCAACAAAUGGACAAAGCUUUUGACUCAGUAAUCUGCAUUUCCUUUGUGGCAAACUGUUAUUAUGCAAACUUGGUUAUGGCCAUGUAAGAAUUUUCAGUUUGCUGAAGUAUCUCAGCAAGCUUUCCCUCUGCCGUCGAACUUGCUGUGGUGCUCAGGUUUUAAAAAAUCUUCAACAGAGCUUGACUAAUAUGCCGGGGCUGUCUAUGUUCAAUGUUACCUCCUCUGAGAGAAGCUGACAGUCCACAGAAAAAUACAAGUAUGCUGAUAUAAAAACUUUACUGUAGAUGAGCACUCACAAAUAAUAACACAAGAGGGCACCAAGUUACAAGCAUAGUGACGCUGAAGAGUAUGAAGCCCAUCCCACAUUUCCAGAACAUCACUGCUGACUGGAGCAGCAAUUCUCUGCCAAUCAGUCAUAAACCUCUACUUUCAAUGGACAUUUUAAAUCUUGAAAGGAUAGGGAGGAGCUAUUGCCUGUCAGUGGACUAUAAAUGCAUUGAAACAUCAGUCAGCACAUCUAAAGGAAUGCAUUAAUUCUCUGCAUAUGAAGAGAAAGAAAGAAAAGUAGGGAAUUUUCUGUUUUGGUAUUCUUUAAAUCAACAGCAGUAGGUCUUGUGGUGGCCUGAAUCGGAUCAAUUACUAUUAGUGAAAUAAUGAAGAAUGGUAAGCCAACCUCAAGCCUCUGCACUAUGAAUUAAUGGAACUCUCCUGAAGCAACAGAGAACAAAUUUCAUUCUGUUUAAGCUUUGCUUCUAGAAGUACAACUCUGUCAUUGUCAAGAUGAAUUCAACAUCUUCAAUAUCCUUCUUUCAUCCUGCAAUGAGGAACAGCACAGAGGAUCUGAACGAAAGCAGCAUCCUGAACAACAGGAACGGCACAGGCUUUUGCGAGCAGGUGCCAAUUAAAGCCGAACUGUUUUUCUGUCUGGGCAUCAUCAGCUUCCUAGAAAACGUCCUGGUCAUCCUGGCAGUUGCUAAGAACAAGAACCUCCAUUCUCCCAUGUAUCUUUUCCUGUGUAGUUUAGCAGUGGCUGAUAUGCUGGUAAGUGUAUCCAAUGCCUUGGAGACAAUAGUGAUGGCAUUUUUAAAGAAUGGCUUUUUAAUUGCAAAUGACCAGCUCAUUCAGCAAAUGGAUAAUGUGUUUGACUCAAUGAUCUGCAUUUCUUUAGUAGCUUCAAUAUGCAAUCUACUGGUCAUUGCCAUUGACAGGUACAUCACUAUCUUCUAUGCUUUGCGCUACCACAGCAUCAUGACGGUAAAGCGAGCUAUAAUUUUGAUCGUAGUUAUCUGGAUUUUUUGUAUUUUCUGUGGUAUAAUCUUCAUCAUAUAUUCAGAGAGUCAAACUGUCAUCAUUUGCCUUAUCACCAUGUUUUUCGUCAUGCUUUUCCUCAUGACUACUCUUUAUGUCCACAUGUUCAUGCUUGCUCGACUACACAUUAAAAGAAUAGCUACACUUCCAGUCCCCGGUGCGGUCCAUCAGAGGACAUGUAUGAAAGGGGCAAUUACCAUCACUAUCCUGCUUGGAAUCUUUAUCAUCUGUUGGGCACCGUUUUUCCUUCACCUCAUCAUGAUUAUAUCAUGCCCUAAAAACCCAUACUGUAUAUGUUACGCUUCACAUUUUAACACCUACUUGAUUCUCAUCAUGUGCAAUUCAGUCAUUGACCCGAUUAUUUAUGCCUUCCGGAGUCAAGAGAUGCGCAAGACGUUCAAAGAGAUUCUUUGCUGCUAUUGCAUGAAUUUCAACUUCCGCUGCAAGUAAUAACUUUGACAGGUACGAAAUACUGUGAGGAACAACAGUCCUUUUGCUUCAAAGUGAUGCUUGAACGUACGUCUGAAAAUCUCAUAAUCAAUCGGUGUAUACAGAAACCAUUCGGACAGAACUUUGGAAGAUGGAACACAGAAUCAAACUCUUCAUGUUAUAUCUGCUGCAAAUGCUCACUGCAGGUUUGCGAAACUGUGAAAAGCUAAGAGUAGUUAAUAUCUUGUGAUUCCUGUUGCAGACUGUGUUCUUAUGUUACAGAAAUGCAAAACAAUGUGAUUAAAAAAUAAUAGUGAACAUUUAUGAAAGGAAACAUAUAAAAGAAUGAUACUUAUGUUUCUUUAGUAGACAACAGCUUAAUGUGUUUGACAUUCCAAUGUUUGCAAUAAAUGAAGGCUGCACAAUUUAAGCUCUGAGAGAUAUUUGCACAUUAAGGUGAAUAUUUAAAAUUGUUUCCUGUCUAACAUUCUGCCUCAUCAGUUGGCAUUUUAUCGAUUGUAACUGCUUCACAUUAAUAUGCAAUGUCUGUUUAAGUCAUCAACGCUCUGGAGGAUUAAUUGUUUAUUUUUUCUGAUUUCUAAAACCUAUGGUAAAUUAUACAAAUAAUAACAAUGUAUGUCUAGGGUUGGCUGUCAUUUGUACACUGAGUCUUGGAUCUCCCUGUGUAUUAAAUUCAAUUAAAUAUGUAACUAAAUUGAUUGUUUAAUUUUAGCAGCUGAGCCAUUCAUGAAAGCUUAAACGGAACUCGUUUCUGUGCUUCAUAUAUGAGUUUCCUUCAAUUAUGUUCUCUUACAACCAGACAUAACAGAAAACAGAAUCACUCUUUUAAUGCAGCCUCCUUUCUGAGCCUCUCUGUAUUUUGUUGCCUUUAUUGCAUUUUUAUGGCAUUAGCAUUAGCUGUUUUAGAAUCCCAAUUUCUUACAAUGCAUUGUUUUAAAUUUGUUAAGCAUCAUUUACAUGGACUACUUAUUCACUUAAAGAUGAAAUACUGUACAUGGUGUAAGCUAGGUCUCAUUGCUGAAAUAUGCAUGUUUUGUAUGUGAAGCUACUGUAUGUGACUUUUGGAAGAAUAUUGAGCAGAAUUUAACAAAUUCAACAGAAUUUAUAUGUUUCUGAAUCUUAUUUUUGCAAUAUCCAACAGAAGUACUCUAGACCAAAUUUUUCUGUUAAACUAGACUGCAGAUUUGUCAAGUGAUUUUUAAAAACAUGAUUGAACCUAUAUUUUGUGUCUUUGUGUGCUUUAAAUAUAUGAAGUAUAUUAUACUCAGAUUAUUUUUAUAUUAAAUUGUAUGGAAAUUGGUACAAAAAAUGGGUUACAUUUUCAAAACUAAGAUUUAGAAUGGCACAGAAGCUAUUAAUUGAAACUGUCCAGCACCUUGGGAAAACUAUUUGAUAAAAACCAUCUAUGAAAUUUAGUGAACUGGAUUGUACAUUGAGUGGUUCUGUGUAGAGAGUUACUAAGUGCAGUGUUACACAACAGUUUUACUAAACACAUCCUACUUGCAAGAUGCAGAGGGAUUACACAGCUAUAAAAUUUACUUAAUUAAGUACAACAUAAUUUUUUUUUUUUUUAAAGAUUUUUAUAAGACCAUUAGAUAUAGGAGCAGAAUUAGGCAAUUUGGACGCUUGAGUCUGUUCCACCAUUUCAUCAUGGCUGAUCCAGUUUUCCUCAGAGCCAAUCUCCAGCCUUCUCCCCGUCCCUUCAUGCACUAACUAAUCAAGAAUCUAUCAAAUUCUGUCUGAAAUAUACAUAAAGACUUGGCCCCCACAGCUGCCAGUGGCAAGGAUUCCAGAAAUUCACCACUCUCUGGCUAAAGAAAUUUCCAUGAAAAUCAUUUGCAGAACACUAUUUUUGCCAACAUUAUGCAACUGAUUUUUUUUUCCCAAAGAGAAGCAUUAGAUGCAAGAAGUGUCAAGGAAUAAAGGGAAAAAGUGAAGAGAUGGUAUUGUGAUAAAGAAUCAGCCUUGGUCAUAUUUAAUGUCCAAGCAGAGCUAAGUGAUCUACUGACUGCCUGUAUUUUGAUAAUUGAUGAAUUUGUAAUCUCAUAUCAAUUUAAUAAUGACUACAAAAUAUUAAAAAAGCUGAAGUUAUGUAACUCCUUCCUCUCACUUCCACCUAGUUUUCCCUCCUCCUUUGCAGAACUUGAGAAUUUAAUCUUUUAUUUUGAUGUUCAAGGGAUACUGAAAACCUUUGUCAAAUAAGCAACCUUUUUCCCUAUUGAACCAGAACUUUAAACAACAACAAACUGAUGUGGUUGUAGGAAGAUCUUUAUUGUUGAAUGGACUGAUCAUGUUCUGAGGCCAAAUUCACAUCACAGGGAAAGCAGACACCUUGGUAUCAAGCGAACAAGCAGAGGACAUUGUUUGAAACUUUCUGACAAAUAUGGCUCAGUUCUGCAUCAAGCAGCCUAUUCAAAAGCCGAGCCAUGGGUAUAUCCAGUGCAGAAUAAGAUGCCAUAGAAAACUGUGAUGUGUGUUCUUCAUGGAAGAUUGUUUCAUGAUUAGGCAAUAUUGCUACUAAUUCUUAAUUUAUCUUCAUAAAUUCUUAAUUUAUGAAAAUAAUAAUACUUUUGGUUACAUUUGUACUUUAUUUGACUGUAUUUUGAGCAGUUUUCUGUUACUAAUCAAUUGUACUGAAGAAUAUGUUUGUAAUAUGUUCAAAGACUUGUGUUUAAUCGUGCCAAUUGAAACCAAUUAGGCAUUUGGUCUGUGCCUGAUUCUUCAUGCAAUAGAAUGAAUAUUUAUUUUCCUAUGUUCUUGGUUAGAGGAUACACAAACUAGAUAUGAUGGUCUGCAGCUAGGUAUUCUAAAUAAGUACAUGUACUUGCAGGAAGCUUAUUGAAGCUAGUAAUCUCUGGAAGAUCCAGGAAUAUUGUUCAGAUUUUAAGGACAGUGUAACCUUUUAUUGUUUGUUUAUCUGCUGUAUAUUGAAAAAGUAUAAAUGCAUGGGAUGCACAAUUCAAAAACCUGGAAUGUGUGCUUUCUUGCCGGGGUUUGGUGUACUUCAAGCUCAUAGGCAGAAAGAAAAUCCUUUUAUGUACCAUUUUACAUGUGGCAGGCAAGUGAAUGUAGAUGUGACAUGUCACCAAUAAGUGUGUGGUAUUAUGUGUGGCCUCUUGACUAAGAAAAUAUUCUUAAAGCAUUUUAGCCAGCCAGUAUUUGACACUGGCAGUGAUUAGUGUGUUGCUUACCAUUAUCUCAUGUAGAAAAGUCAUUGCAGUUACUAGGAAGGUCUUAGCCCCUCGAUUAUUUACAAUUUAUUUUAGUAACCCUGAUGGAAAAUCAGAGUGAAUAAUACAAAGAUUUACGCCAACAAAACUACGUGGGAGCAACACAAACAAAAUGCUGGUGGAACGCAGCAGGCCAAGCAGCAUCUAUAGGAAGAAUAAUAGCCGACAUUUCAGGCUGAAACUCUUCGUCAGGACCAACUGAAAGAAGAGAUAAUAAGAGAUUUGAAAAUGGGAGGGGGAGGGGGAGAUCCAAAAUGAUAGGAGAAGACAGAAGGGGGAGUGGUGAAGCUAAGAGCUGGAAAGGUGAUUGGCAAAAGGGAUACAGACCUGGAGAAGGGAAAGGAUCAUGGGACAGGAGGACUAGGGAGAAAGAAAGGGGGAGGGGAGCACCAGAGGGAGAUGGAGAGCAGGCAAGG